AUGACCGAAGAGAGAAAGAGGAGAGACCUGGAGAGGGAGAGAGACCUGGAAAGAGACCUGGAGAGGGUGGAGGUCUGGAGAGGGAGAGAGACCUGGAAAGGGAGAGAGAAAACCUGGAGAGGGAGAGAGAAACAGACAAGCAGACUCAAGAGCCCCAUGCUGCAGUACCUGUACUUCCUCACCCAGAGCCCCAUCGCUGUGUCCCCACUCAGUAGCAACAGUCUCUUCCCAGAGUAUGCUAAGAAUCCUCUGCUUGAGUUCCACAAGAAGGGACUGAUGGUGCGUCUCUCCACUGAUGACCCCAUGCAGUUCCUCUACACUAAGGAGCCCCUGAUGGAGGAGUACGCCAUCACAGCCCAGGUGUUCAAACUCUGUGACAUGUGUGAGAUCUCCAGGAACAGUGUGCUGCAGAGUCUGCUGAGAUAAGAAACCUUACGCCAAUC